UUAAAUAAUCGAAUUUUGGAAAUGGAAACAGUUUUUAUUUCGUUUCCACUCCUGUAAAAUUAGAUAAGCUAUUUUAAUACUUGCUUCACAUUUACAUUCAUAUAGUUUAAAAAUACAAUAGAGACGAAUUUCACGCUUAACAAUGACUACAGUACCAAGCGCACAGUUCUUGGCCAACAAGAAGAAAAAACAGUUUCUGGAUCUGCCUGCUCCACCUGGAUAUGUCGCUGGUGUGGGUCGUGGUGCCACGGGCUUCACCACGCGUUCUGAUAUCGGUCCGGCUCGCGAUGAUACCGAUAUUACGGACGAUCGUCAUGCGCACCCUAUGAAAAAGAAGAACAAAGAUGACGACGCCGAUGAGGAAGAUGAGGAUUUGAACGAGGCUAACUAUGAUGAAUUCAGCGGGUACGGUGGCAGUUUGUUCUCCAAAGAUCCAUACGAUAAGGAUGAUGCUGAAGCCGAUGCGAUUUAUGCGGCUGUCGAUAAUCGUUUAGAUGAGAAACGGAAAGAUUAUCGAGAGAAUCGUCUGCGAAAGGAAUUGGAGAAGUUUCGUCAAGAGCGACCUAAGAUUCAGCAGCAGUUUUCUGACUUGAAACGAAAGUUAGAUGUCGUCUCAGACAUUGAGUGGAAAGCCAUUCCCGAUGUCGGCGACGCCAGAAAUCGCAAGCAGCGCUUGGCGAAACAGGACCAGUACACUCCUGUUCCGGAUAAAGUUCUUGCGAGGGCCGCGGAACAAUCUGGAAUGGCCGCUGCUGUGGAUGCUCGUGAACAGAAAUUCGGUGGCUUGGAAACACCUCUAGGUCUAGCUACUCCGGACCUUGAUUUGCGGAAAGUUGGUGAAGCCCGAAACACUCUCAUGGGAAUGCGUCUGAGCCAAGUUUCCGACAGCGUUUCCGGACAGACCGUUAUUGAUCCUAAAGGCUAUUUGACUGAUCUUCAGUCGAUGAUUCCAACAUUUGGUGCUGAUAUUCAGGACAUAAAGAAGGCCCGAUUGCUGCUAAAAUCAGUACGAGAAACCAACCCGAAUCACCCGCCGGCAUGGAUCGCGUCAGCACGAUUGGAAGAGGUUACCGGAAAAGUCCAAGCUGCACGCAACAUCAUACAGAAUGGUUGCGAAGUCUGCCCUAAAAGCGAAGAUCUGUGGUUAGAAGCCUCUCGUCUACAGCCUCCUGAAUUGGCAAAAAGUGUGAUUGCACAAGCUGUUCAGAACAUCCCGAAUUCCGUAAGGAUAUGGGUGAAAGCUGCCGAUCUGGAAACUGAGCCCAAAGCUAAGAAACGAGUGUACCGGAAAGCUUUGGAGCAGAUUCCAAAUUCCGUGCGCUUAUGGAAAGAAGCGGUAGAGCUGGAAGAUCCAGAUGAUGCACGGAUUCUGCUGGCACGGGCUGUUGAAUGUUGUCCGUCCAGUACAGAGCUUUGGUUAGCACUUGCCCGGUUGGAGACGUACGAGAAUGCUAAGAAAGUUGUUAAUAAAGCGCGUGAGAAUAUCCCUACUGAUCGCCAGAUUUGGAUUGCUGCUGCUAAGUUGGAAGAGAGCCAAGGAAACGUGCACAUGGUGGAUAAAAUUAUUGAUCGCUCCCUGCGAUCGCUGCAGGCCAACAUGGUAGAAAUUAACAGGGAGCUGUGGCUGAAAGAGGCGGUGGAAGCCGAAAAUUCCGGUUCUAUUUUGACGGCUCAAGCCAUUGUGCGAGCUGUCAUUGGACAUGGUGUCGAGGAGGAAGAUCAGAAACACACGUGGAAAGCCGAUGCCGAGUCGUUCACCGCUCAAGGGGCGUAUGAAUGUGCGAGAGCUGUAUAUGCUCAUGCAUUGUCCGUUAUGCCUAAUAAAAAAUCUUUGUGGGAAGCGGCUGCGGAUUUGGAGAGGAAUCACGGUACCAGGGAAGCAGUGGAGACCAUUCUCGAAAAGGCUGUUGCACACUGUCCAAGAGUGGAAAGGUUAUGGCUUAUGUUAGCUAAAUCCAAGUGGCUAGCAGGAGAUGUUUCCGCCUCGCGUUUAACCCUGUCCAGAGCUUUCCAGGCUAAUCCGAACAGUGAAGAAAUUUGGCUAGCCGCCGUGAAGCUGGAAAGCGAGAACAAUGAAGAUCAGCGAGCGAGAGUGCUACUACAAAAAGCACGCACCAGUGCUCCAACUCCACGGGUGGUAAUGAAAUCCGCUAAGUUGGAAUGGGCAUUAGGUGACUACAACCGCGCUUUGGAAAUUAUCGCUGAAGGUCUGAAGGCGUACGCCGAUCUGACGAAUGCCGACAGCACGGAUCUUAAAUCGCGCGCGAAGUUAUGGAUGAUGAAAGGUCAGCUAAUGGAGAGUUUAAAGAAAAUACCGGAAGCUAGAGAGGCGUACUCUGAAGGAACAAAGAAAUGCCCAACUUCUUUGGUGUUGUGGAUGCUGUCCGCGCGACUCGAAGAAAAGCAAGGAAAUCCAACGCGAGCCCGAGCCAUUUUGGAAACUGCACGUUUACGCAAUCCGAAGAAAGCCGAACUGUGGCUGGAAGCUAUCCGAGCGGAAUUACGGGCCGGUAACCGAGACAUCGCUAUGGUGCAGAUGUCGAAAGCCCUGCAAGAGAUCCCUGAUUCUGGUAUUUUAUGGGCGGACGCUAUUUUCAUGGAAAACAGACCGCAGAGAAAAACCAAGAGCGUGGAUGCCCUCAAACGAUGCGAGCAUGAUCCGCAUGUUUUGUUAGCGGUUUCUAAGUUGUUCUGGGCGGAACGACGCGUGGCAAAAGCCAGGGAGUGGUUCUCACGGACUGUCCGCUUGGAUCCGGAUCUCGGUGAUGCAUGGGCAUAUUUUUAUAAAUUUGAAGAACAAUAUGGCACCGAGGAAGAAAAAGCGCAGGUGAUGCGGAAAUGCGUGGAAACUGAACCUCGACAUGGCGAGAAGUGGUGUGCCAUCGCUAAAGAUAUGAAAAACUUUCGAAGAAAAACUAAAACGAUUCUGGAAAUGGUUGCGGAUAGUUUAGAGACUCCUUCUUAGCGCUUGAUACGAGUCCAUGUAUUUAUUGUAAAAAUUUCUUGAUAGACCCUUUCAUAUGUAGCUGCAUUCUUUUAGGCGUGGAAAUGAUUUCAUUUUCUUCUUAUUUUGUUUUGUUACUAGUAAUCAAGUAAAAUUGAUUUUGACAACUGGUUUGGUGUGCCUGAUGGGCGAAAGUGUGAACUGUGUUGAUGCUUCGCUUUGGUUUCGUUUUCGACCAAAAAAAUUUUUAU